AUGGCCAGACUUGAAGAACGGAUCACUGCACUGCGCUCCAUCCAGCCGUAUACGGAGGGGGGGGGCACAGAUGAGUUUGCAGAUGGAAUCCCGGCCUCCCCCCCUCCCGCGCUGAGGCGCCGGCCCGGCCCCAACUGCCAUCCCGCGGCCGCUCCCCUCAGGCGGGCGCAGGCCGCCCCUGGCAACGGCCCGGCCCGGCGCGGGGCGGCUGGCCGGCGGCACCUGGCGCGGGGCGAGCGCCGAGGCCUCGCGGGAUUUGGCAGGCCUCGGCCCCGCCUCGUUCCGGCGGGCAGGGAGCCCGAGCCGGCGCUGAAGGGGCGGCGGGGCGGGCAGGGAAACGCCGCCCCUUGGAAGCGGCCGCUGGAAGGAGCCUCCUCGCCCGCCGCCAUUCCCGCCCAUGGACGGGCCGCCGCGUCCGGCCUGAGGCGAGAGGGACGAGGCGGCGGAGAGGGGCGAGGCGGCGCGGCUCCCCGCCGGGCCGGCGCAGCAUGGCAUCAAUCGGGCCCGCUUCACACGGGAGCCCAGGUGGAAAGGGUGUCGGGGCUUCUUCACACGUGCCGGGUGAUGCGCUUUGAAUGCGCUUUGCAGCUGGUGCACGUCGAGUAUAUUGUGGAGUAUGAUUAUGAUGCAGUGCAUGACGAUGAGCUAACCAUCCGAGUGGGUGAAAUCCUGAGGAAUGUGAAAAAACUAGAAGAAGAAGGAUGGUUGGAAGGAGAGCUAAACGGGAAACGGGGCAUGUUUCCUGACAACUUUGUUAAGGAGGUGAAGAAGGAGCCAGAAACUAAAGACGAGAGCCUGCCAGUCAAGAGGGAGAGGCAUGGAAAUGUCGCCAGCCUCGUUCAGCGGAUGAGUACCUAUGGACUUCCAGCAGGAGCCUUCCAACCCCAUUCCAAAGGCUUCAAGAAGAGAUCGAAAAAGCGGCAGUGUAAAGUUAUGUUUGAGUACACUCCUCAAAACGAGGAUGAGUUGGAGCUGAAACUGGGAGAUGUUAUAGACAUUAAUGAAGAGGUGGAAGAAGGCUGGUGGAGCGGAACGCUGAACGGAAAAGCAGGCCUGUUUCCUUCAAACUUUGUGAAAGAGCUAGAAGUAUCAGAUGACGGAGAUGCCCAAGAAGCCUGCUCCGACGAUGCCGAGGCUGUUUUUGCUGGCUCCGUCUCGCCUGUCGCGUCACCGGGAAACGGGAAUGAGUCUGGAAACGCACAGAUAGCGCAGCCAAAGAAAAUCCGAGGGGUUGGAUUCGGAGACAUUUUCAAGGAAGGUUCGGUGAAACUGAAGACCAGAUUGUCCAGCAACGAUUCAGAAGAGAAGAAGCAAGAUAAGCCGUUACCUAGCCAUCCACCUGGACCAAAGCUUACCCAGUUUCCUAGUGUAACAAAGUCGGAAACUGCAACAGAGGUUGCGAAAGCAGAAACGGAAACCAAACAAAAAGUCAAAGAAUAUUGCAAGACCUUGUUUGCCUACGACGGCGCCAACGAGGACGAACUUAGUUUUAAAGAAGGCGAUAUUAUCCAAAUAAUAAGUAAGGAUACUGGAGAGGCAGGAUGGUGGAAAGGAGAGCUUAAUGGGAAAGAAGGUGUUUUUCCAGACAACUUUGCUGUUCAGAUCUUUGAAUUGGAUAAAGACUUCCCCAAGCCAAAGAAACCUCCACCUCCUGUAAAAAGUCCAGGCCCAAAGCCAGAGCUUCCAUUCAUGGAGAAGAAGUUUCCUCCUAAGAACGAAGAAAAAGAUGAAAAAGCAGCUUUGGACCAGAAAGCCCCUAAACCGGCAGCUCCUCAGGUACCACCCAAGAAACCCGCCCCUCCAAACAAGUCUAAUAACAUAUUGAGAGCUGGGAUUUUACAUCCGAAACGGCCAGAGAAGCCAGUCAUGCAGCCAUCGGUAUCCAAAGCAAAUGGAGAAGUGGUAUCUUUAAGACCGAAAUCUGAAAUUGAGCCUGUAGCAAAACCAAAGUUCGACUCGGAGCAGUUACCACUGAGACCAAAAUCCGUAGAGGUAGAUUCAGUUGCAAUAAAGAACUCAAAAGAAACAGAUCUUUUAAGUUUUGAUGACAUAAUAGCUACCUCAGAUAAUUUAUCACAUCCCACAGCAAAUAGGCCAAAGAUGCCCGGCAGAAGGUUGCCCGCUCGCUUCAACGGCAAUAAUUCUGCAACUCCAAAUUCAAGUAUAGAAAAAAUCCUGAAGAUGCAUAAAGAGGAGGAAGAAAGUGCCAAACUAAAGCCAUCUGAGGUUAAAAAGCCAUCCAUAUUUACUUCGACGCGUCUGUCUUCAUCACCGACCUCUGUGGUACUCACCCCUUCUGCUGGAGAACCAAAACUUAAACAGGAAACAGACGAAGGGGCAAAGCCUUCGGUGGAAGAGCUCAAGGCUCAGAUCUUUGAGCUUUUGACGGUCGUAGAAACACUGAAAAAAGAACACGGGAAAGAACUGGAAAGGUUGAAAAAAGACUUGGCGGAAGAGAAGCAGUUGCGAAAUAACCUAGAGGUGGAAAUAGAAAAGCUCAAGAAAGCCGUCUUGACAACAUGAAAGCUCUAUAGACUGUUCAUCCUUAACAUGCCAGGAACUCAGAAUGAAGUUGAUCUUCCUACUUCAAAACCAAUGAAUGCUAGCAUUCCAUUUUUUAAAAAACGAAUAAAUGAAUAUAAAUUGUGUAUUCAGUGAGCUAAGAGAAGAAAAUGGAUUACUUUUUUUGUUCGUUUUGUUUCUUGCCAAUAUAGGAGAGGCCUUAUUUCUUACUGUGCUGGAAUCGCAGACCUUUUAUUUUCUCGGUUUGCUGGAAAAUACUACUGAAUCUGUAUAAAAAGGAGAGGGCCGAGGGGGUUCUUAAUAAAUUUUUAUCGAUACCCGUAGUCUAAUUUUUAAUAGAUCUGUACUAUACGGUG